AUGCCUUUUGUCGAAGAAUUUAAACCUGUUGCCUUAGGCGACGCAAACUUGUUCAAACCAAUCAAAGUAGGUAACAAUGAAUUGAAACAUAGAGCUGUCUUUCCACCCCUAACUAGAAGAAGGGCUCAACAUCCUGAUUAUGUUUCUCAUAAGGAAUGGACUGCUAAGUAUUAUGAUCAACGUUCUAGGAGAGAAGGAAUAUUAUUGAUCACUGAAGCUGCUUUUAUCUCCAGACAAGCUGGUGGUGAUGACAAUGUUCCAGUUAUAUGGUCCAAAGAACAGAUUGCGGAAUGGGAAAAAGUUUUUGCUGCUGUUCAUAAGAACAAAUCUUUUAUUUGGCCACAAUUAUGGGCUUUAGGUUGGGCUGCUGAUGCCAAGUUAAUGGCUAGAGAUGGGUUAAGAUACGAUGGUGCCACUGAUGAUGUUUAUGGGAACGAUAUCCAUGGGGAAAUUGCCAAGGAAAAUAAAGUCAAGAUUCAUGGUUUAACCAAGGAUGAUAUGAAACAAUACAUCAAGGAUUAUGUAGCAGCAGCUAAAAAUUGUAUUGCUGCAGGUGCUGAUGGUGUUGAAAUUCAUUCUGCCAAUGGUUAUUUGUUAAAUCAAUUUUUAGACAUUAAUUCUAAUAAAAGAACUGAUGAAUAUGGUGGUUCUAUUGAAAAUAGAGCAAGAUUUACUUUAGAAGUCGUUGACGCAUUGAUUGAAGCUUUUGGGGCUGACAAACUUAGUAUCAGACUUUCCCCCUAUGGUGUUUUCAAUGAUAUAUCUGGUGGCUCUAAUCCAUUGACUGUGGCUCAAUAUGCUUAUGUAGUAGGAGAAUUAGAAAAAAGAGCCCAAGCUGGAAACCGUCUUGCAUUUAUUGACUUGGUAGAGCCUCGUGUUACUAGUCCAGUAUUACCUGAAGGUGAAGGUGAAUAUACUGAAGGUACCAACGAAUUUAUAUACUCCAUUUGGAAAGGAGUCAUUAUAAGAGCUGGUAAUCUUGCUUAUCAUCCAGAAGUUGCCAAAGAAUUUCUAAAGGACGAUAGAACUUUGUUGGCCUAUGGUAGAAUAUGGAUUUCUAAUCCAGACAUAGUCGAUAGAUUGGAAAAGGGAUUACCAUCGAACAAGUAUAAUAGAGAUACUUUCUAUACUAUGUCAGAAGAAGGAUAUUUGGAUUAUCCAACCUGUGAUGAAGCUGUAAAGUCUAAUGACAAAAAAAUAAUAUCCUUAUGUAAUUGCUUAUUGAUAACUUUUUUUUAUACAUAUACAAUAAAUUGA